UUUGUUGUUUAGGAGUAGCCCAGUGAAGUUCUAGAAUUAUGUUGAGAGACGAUCGAUCAUUGCUUCGCAAGUUAUUCGACCUUGGGGUUGUCAAGUUCGGGUCCUUCACACUCAAGUCUGGCAUCCUUUCUCCGGUAUACAUCAGCUUCAGGAGCGUCGUGAGCGACUGCGAACUUCUGACUUCGUUGAGUGAAAUCAUCGCCGAGGUGGUCAAGCGAACGGAGGGAGAUCAAGUUUGUGGAGUACCUUACGGAGCAUUGGCGAUUGCCACUCUGGUGGCGAACCAGUGCAAAAAACCUUUGAUUAUUUGCCGAAAAGAAGGUGCGAAAACCCAUGGUACCAAGCAGGUAAUUGAAGGCGUGUUCAAAUCAGGCGACUCCUGUAUCAUCAUCGACGAUGUCCUAACUUCUGGCACGUCGAUUUGCGAAGUUACCAACAUUUUGCGGAAAGAAGGUCUGACUGUUUCGAAUGCCAUCGUACUCUUGGAUCGAUGUCAAGGUGGAGCUGAGAACUUGCGGGAACAUGGCAUUGACGUGCAAUCGAUCUUUCGACUGGAUCAGGUUAUCAAAGAAUAUGCUGCAAUGGGAAUGAUCGAAGAAGAGCUGACCUUGAAAAUAGAGAAGUUCAUCGCAGAAACUCCGACUGGAAUAGUCUCUAAAAUUCCGAAUUAUCCAAUGCAAGCAGAUCGGUUGACGAAUUCUGAAUGCAAGCUUAUCCCGAAACUCUUGUCCAUCAUGAAAUCGAAGCAGACCAACUUGUGUUUAUCCGCCGAUUAUACAUCUUUUGAAGCUAUUGAGAAAAUUUGUCACCAAGUUGGAAAUUACAUAUGUGCCCUUAAGGUGCAUCAUGAUAUUAUCGAAGACUUCAGCGCCGAGAAAGGCCUGAUGUUAAAGGAGCUUUCUGAAAAGUACCAGUUUCUGGUUGUUGAAGAUCGAAAAUUCGCAGAUAUAGGUAAUACAGUCAAAGAACAGUACGCGGGCAAGUUUAAAGUUAGCGAUUGGGCCGAUAUCGUGACGGUUCAUGGAAUAGCUGGGUCUGGAACGGUUGAAGGUUUGAAAACUGCGCUUCCUGAAGAAAUGCUUCAAGAGAGGGCUGUGUUACUCAUUGCAGAGAUGAGUUCUGACGGAAGCCUGGCUGUUGGCGACUACAGCAAAGGUGUUUUGGAAAUCGCUGAAAAAUUUCCCGACUUUGUUAUGGGAUUCGUCUGUCAAUCAAGAAUAGGUUCAGACAAGUUCCUGCGUUGGAUGCCGGGAAUACAUUUGGCUGCCGAAGGAGACUCUUUGGGGCAGAAAUAUAAACUUCCAGAAGCAGCUGUUGCUCAAGGUGCUGAUAUACUCAUUGUUGGAAGAUGCAUCAUAAACGCUGAUGAUCCUGUGGCGGUUGUCAAAGAAUGUCAAAAACGUGGAUAUGCUGCUUGGGAUGCAUUCGGGUAUUGAAAUAAUUUAAAGAUAAAGGGAAUGCGCUAUGUGGAAUUAUGGGUUCGCUUAUAAAGUGGUGAAUUUCUUGUGCAAUUUGGAGUGCCUCGUAUAUUUUAUGUAGUCCAAAUUAUUUUGAAUAUUGAGGAUUGAACUGGUUGUAUAGGAGUACAGUAUAAUAAACAUGUGCCGAUGUUGAUCUCGUAUCAUUCCUUGUACUUGAGUCUAGGAAGCCCAUUGAAUAAAAGGCUGUGGGUUUCACUUGAUAAUUGCGGUCAUUUUUCUGUAAUCGACAUAUUAUAUCCUAGAAUAAUUCCGGGAAAUUGAAUUUUUAGGUGCAUCAAGUACAGUAGGUA